AUGGCUCUUAUCAAUCAAGAACAGGCAGCAGAACAUUACGCGGCUGCUGAGACACAUAUGGCAGGUUUAGAGAAGAUAGUGGACCUUCGUGGUGGGCUGGAAAAUAUGGAAGAUAGUGUCGUUGCUGUCAAGGUUUGUCGAACCGAUAUUCUCUUCGCUAUGCAACAAGGCGGAAACCCAUUAUUCCAUCGAGAUCAUAUAUGUCACGUAAAGCGCAGCUUGGCAUACAAGGGAUUCACUUUGCAGCAAGGGCCGGCUGCAUACUCAAGUCGACUUGACCCAAUCCUCCAAGAAGCAUUUUCUGACACCAUGGGAUUGUGCAGACUGCUCAACAAACACGCAGAUGAGAAGCCUCUCGAUCUGCUUGAAUUUCAAGAAGUCUUGGUGUCCAUCUGCUAUCGCCUGCUCCAAUUUCGAACCAUUGGCGAAUCAAGGUCCAUGCAGGAUAUUCAGUCUGCUUAUCAUAUCGGGUUAUCUCUUUUUAUGAUGUCGGUCUACUUUAAUAAUACGCAGGAUCGUAUAGCUAGACGAGGACUUAUCGAGACUCUUGUCAAGGAAGCCGUUACAUCCAACUCGAAUGAAGAUGAAGAUGAGUUCAAGUUCUGGCUUCUAAUUUUGGGAGGAAUUUCAGUUCCGGCUAGGGAUGGCCGCGAGUGGUUUGUUGAGAGACUUCAGGAGCAAGCGAAGUUGCUUGGCAUCCAUACUCACAUCAUUACUUCAACAUUCCAAGAUCCGCUCUCAUUCAUCACCAUGGCAUCAACCACAAACUCAGACUUUGGAGCUAACACCGAAGCCGUUGAGGUUGCGAAAGCAUUUGCCGACGGUAUCCGUGACAAAACUAUCCUCAUUACUGGAGUCAACCGUGGAGGCAUUGGAUUUGCAACCGCAGACGCUUUUUCCACCCAGUCUCCAGCUCAUAUCAUCCUCGCCGGCCGCAGUCCUUCCAAGGCAAAGGAGAGCAUCGAUGAACUCAAGACCAAGUUCCCUGGUGUAGACUACCGGUUCUUGGAGGUCGACCUCUCCAGUCAGGAAUCCGUGCGCAACGCAGCUAAAGAGGUUCUCUCUUGGUCCGAUAUUCCUACUAUUGAUUUGAUCAUCAACAGCGCCGGUGUCAUGGCCAUCCAAGAGCGUACUCUGUCCAAGGAUGGUAUCGAAAUGCAUCUGGCGACCAACCACAUCGGCCAUUGGCUUCUAAGCUGUCUCUUAAUGCCCAAGCUCAUCAAAGCAUCCGAAAACAAGCCAAAUGGUUCUGUUCGUAUCGUCAAUGUCACUUCCGCCUCACCUAUGGUAUCAAAUAUGCGCUGGAGCGACAUGAACUUUGACAAAAAGAACAAAGACCUUCCCCAGGAAGAGCAGCCAAACUACGAGUUCUUCAAACUCUGGGGAUACGAAAACAGCGAAGAAACUGCUUACGUUCCCCUCGAUGGAUACAACCGCAGCAAAGUCGCCAACGUCCUUUUCGGCAUCGAGGCUAACAAGCGUCUCUUUGAAAAACACGGCAUUCUCACGCUUGCUGCUCACCCUGGUGUCAUCAUGACGACUGAACUGGGAAGAAACUUCCCCAAAGAGACGUUGGAGGCUGUUGNNACAGAGAAUUACGGAGCGUAUCUUGCUGAUUGUCAGAUCUGUGCUGAAGCGAAGCCGUUGGCUGUUUCGAGCAGUGAGGCUAAGAAACUGUGGGAUUUCUCUGAGGAGGCGACUGGACAGAAGUUUUCAUGGUAG